AUGGCGAGAAGUGUGCGAUCAUGUCAGCUUCAAAGGCUGACGUCGGGCUCAAUCUUCCAAGCGUCAUCAUUCGCGCAAUCAACACGCUGUUUUUCCGUCCUCAAUCGCCCUCCGCCGAAUUAUGAGGGUCACAUACCAUUGACGCGUACGGAAAGGUUAGGGCUGGCAAUCGGCUCGGGUCUUGGAAGUUUCCUGGACCCGCGAAGAGGAGACCUCAUUGCAUCCUUUGGCGAAGCCACCGCGCAACCCUACUUCAUCUACAAGCUCCGUGAUCGCAUGCUUCUCAAUCCAACGGGCCGACGAAUACUACGCGACCGACCACGCUUAACGUCUACCUCACUCGAUAUUCCACGCCUCCGCAAACUCCCCCCGAACACAUUGGGCUAUGCAUACGCGGCAUGGCUUGACCGCGAGGGCGUCUCGCCAGACACACGAGCGCCAGUACAGUACAUAGACGACGAGGAGUGUGCAUAUGUCAUGCAGCGAUAUCGCGAAUGCCACGACUUCUACCAUGCCUUGGUCGGACUACCCGUCUUUCGUGAAGGCGAGGUCGCUCUCAAGGCAUUCGAAUUCGCCAAUACCGGCCUGCCCAUGACUGGCUUGGCUGUGUUUAGCGCUUUCACCCUGAAGAAGGCUGAAUGGAGGCGUUUCUGGGACGUCUAUGGGCCGUGGGCUACACGCAACGGCGCACAAAGUGACGAUGUAAUCAACAUCUACUGGGAGGAAGAGCUGGAGACGGAUAUCGACGCGCUAAGAGCUAGAUUCAGCAUUGAGAAGCCGCCGGAUCUGCGAGCUAUGCGCAAGGCGGAACGUGAAGCGCGCAAGAAAGAAAAGGAGGCUAAAGAGACCAUGGCACGGGCUGCCGUAUGA